UUUUCUUUUUCUUCGUUCUUCUUCUUCUUUCUAUCACCGCGCUAAAAAUCUCCUCUCUCUCCGUAUAGUUUCCAAAAUCCAACGCACUAGAUUCAAGCUUUCUACCUGAUAUGAUCAAUGUUGAACAUAUGGGCGUUUCUCCACCAGAAACAAAGAGCGAAAAAGGAAACCAUUUUGCCCCUGAAGAGACAACAUCAGAGCAGGCCCAUGAAUUAGGUAGUGAAUAUUUACAUACUGAACUUUCUAAAAAUAAACAUCCAUGUGGUUAUGCAAUAACUCGAAACGAAUCAGCUGAAACUGCCACUGGUGUGUCUUUCUCUGACAUUCACGAAUCAUCUUCUGGAUAUGUGGAUAAGAAGUCUCCACCUGAACAUUUGGGUUUGCUUCCUAAGUAUGCGAGUGAGCAUAACCCUCCCGAUAAUAGUUUUUGUCAUCAAGAAACCGUAUCAGGGAUGACACAUGAGUAUGGUUCUGGAUAUGUGCAUGAGACAUCAGAAAAGAAGCAUCAGCCUGGUUCUGAUAUUGUUCAAAAUAAUCUUGAAGAAGCAUGCACUUUGGUUUGUGGCCUUCCUGCUGAACAUUUGCGACCAUGUUCUGAAGAUUUUUCCAAGAAUGCUCGCACUGAAAGUUUACGGGUGUUGCCUGAAGAUUCAAGCAAGUGCACCCAGAUUGAUCAACUUUCAUGUCUGCAACUAGGUAGUGUGGAACCAACAGCUGCCUUUGGUUCUAUAAAUACAUGUAAGGAACUUGGUGAACCAACAGAGCAGCAACAACAGCUUGGUUCUGAAAGUUUAUCAAAUGGUAUAGGAAAAAGUCCUACUGCUACAUCUAGUAAUGCUUUUUAUCAAGCCUUGGAAUUGUAUCCUGAAGUUAUGAACCAGAGUAAUUGUGGCGAACGUUUUCAAUCACCUUCUGAAGGUGCUAGCAUUGUUUCUCAGACUGGAAAGAGUUAUCUUGUUGACCCUUUAGGAUUGCCUCCAGGAUUUGAAUCUGGAAAUUCUUGUGUUCAACAACCAAGGCUCCAUUCUGAAGACAUGGCUCGAAGUUCUGGUGUAGAACAGCAUGAAGCAACGCCUAAGAAUUUACUUGAGAAUUCUGUCCAAGGCAGGGAUGGAGAAUCUUCAAAAACAAGGAAAAAGUAUACGCCAAGACCUUUGACAAGCAGUGACAGGGUCUUGCGUUCAAAAUCGCAAGAGAAGUCUAAAGCUAGUGAGUUGAGCAAUAAUAUCACUGAUAUUGGCUCUAGUGAGCAGCAAAAAGGGAGGAACAGGAAUAAAAUGAUUGAAAAAAGAGAAGUUUCUGAUGAAUAUUCAAGAAUCAGGUCACAUCUUAGGUAUUUAGUGAAUCGAAUAAACUAUGAACGAAGCCUGAUUGCAGCAUAUUCGACAGAAGGCUGGAAGGGACUAAGCUUAGAAAAGUUAAAGCCAGAGAAGGAGCUUCAACGUGCUACAUCUGAAAUUCUUCGACGCAAAUUGAAAAUUAGAGACCUAUUUCAACGUAUCGAUUCAUUAUGUGCUGAAGGAAGGCUACCAGAAUCUUUGUUUGAUUCUAAAGGAGAAAUUGACAGUGAGGAUAUAUUCUGUGCAAAAUGUGGGUCUAAGGACCUGUCUGCCAACAAUGAUAUCAUACUCUGUGAUGGUGUUUGUGACCGUGGAUUCCAUCAAUAUUGCCUGCAACCGCCUUUGUUAAAAGAAGACAUUCCUCCCGGUGAUGAGGGUUGGUUAUGCCCCGGAUGCUAUUGCAAACUCUUUUGUAUCGAACUGGUUAAUGAAUCUCAAGGAACAAGUUUUUGUCUUGCUGACAGUUGGGAGAAGGUCUUUCCUGAAGCAGUAGUAGCUGCAGGUGGACAAAAUCAGGAUCCUAACUUAGAACUACCAUCAGAUGAUUCUGAUGAUAGUGAUUAUAAUGCCGAGAAUUCAGAACCUGAUGAGAAGGAUCAAGGAGAUGAGUCAAGUUCUGAUGAAUCUGAUUUCACUUGUUCAUCUGAGGAAUUGGAAGUACCGCGUAAUGUUGAUCCAUGUUUAGGGCUUCUGUCUGAUGACUCGGAGGAUGAUAAUUAUGAUCCUGAUGGUCCAGAUCAUGAUAAUGUGGCUGAGCCCGAAAGUUCAACUUCAGAUUUUACAUCUGAUUCUGAGGAUCUUGGUGGUAUGUUAAAAGAUAAUAGUUCUUCCCCAAAAGAUGAAGGACCUGUGUCUAACAUUGGUUCCACAGAUUCCAAAGGACAAAAACCUAAACUUGGCGGAAAUGAGUCCCGGAGUGAUAAACUGUCAUCAAUAAUGGAUUCAGCUUCUGGACAAGAUGGUACUGCUGUUUCUAAGAAACGAAGCAGCGAAAAGUUGGACUACAAAAAGUUAUAUGAUGAGACAUAUGUCAAUUUUCCUUCUAGUUCAAGUGAUGAUGAAGAUUGGAGUGAUACCAUUGCACCAAGAAAAAGGAAGAGACAUGCCGCAGGAGCCUCUUCAGCACCAGAAAAUGGAAAUGCUUCUUCAAGUAGGAGUGUGUCAAUAUCCGAAGGUUCAAAGCUGAAUCCAGAGCAUAAACUGAGGAGAAACAUGCGCCAGAACUCAAAAUUUAAGGAUACAAAUUUAUCCCCUGCUGAAUCAAAGGGUGGCACUUCCGUAUCGGGUUCAAGUGGUAAAAAAGCAGGUUCAUCAACACAUAGAAGACUCGGAGAAACUGAAAAGCAGAGGCUUUGUGAAUCGUUCAGGGAAAAUCAGUAUCCUGAUCGAGCCACGAAAGAAAGAUUAGGUAAAGAUCUCGAUAUGACUUUCCGGCAGGUCAGCAAAUGGUUUGAAAAUGCUCGUUGGAGCUUCAAUCAUCCAACAUCUAAUCAGGAAACCACAGCUAAAAGAGUUGCAGAAAAUGCCAUAACCUCUGUUGUUCCGAAGAAAAACUGAAUGAUCGGCAUCGUAGAGAGGGAGAAAGAGAGAAAUCAAAAUUGGUGAAAUGGAGAGGUAUUGAGGCAGUUGAUUUAUAUAGCUUUAAAUUUAAUGAACAUUAUUGGAUAGGAAUAGAAGGAACUUUGUUGCUCGAGGAAAAUUUGCAGUGAAAUGAAGUUGUGACCCUUAUCCAAAUAGAUAUUUAAAUGCUUUAUUUUUUAAAA